AUGCCCCAGUUACUGCGGAACAUUAAUGAGAUCAUCGAGGCCUUUGGGCGCUAUGCCAAGGUGGAGGGCAACUGCCAAGUGCUCACCCGAGGGGAGCUGAAAAGACUCGUGGAGCAUGAGUUUGCAGAUGUCAUUGUGAAACCCCACGACCCCGCCACUGUGGAUGAAGUCCUUCGCCUGCUGGAUGAAGAUGACACAGGGACUGUGGAGUUCAAGGAAUUUCUGGUCUUGGUGUUUAAAAUUGCACAGGCCUGUUUCAAGACACUGAGCAAGGAAGCUUGUGGAUCUCAAGAGUCUGGAAGCCAGGAGACGGGGGCCUCACAAGAGCUGGGAGGACAGACAAGUGCCACUAAAGCUGGGAUGGAUGGGAAAGGACAGAGCGAGCAGACUUCCAGAGAGCAGGGUGGCACCAAGACUCAGACCCAAAGUCAGGCCAGCAGCCAUGACAGGCAGACAGAGGUUGAGAGACAAAAGGGAGCAAAUCAGCAGGCACAGGCCAGUGGGCAUGUGGGGCAGACUCAGAGCAUGGAAGAUAAGAAUCGGCAGAUCAGGGAGAGUAAGUCAGAGAGUCAAUCACAGGCCAAGGAGCAGGAUAGAGCUUCCCAGGGAGGUGAGACUAAAACUGGAACUGCAACUCAGACCCAAGCAGGUGCCACUAAGACCAUGGAGCAGGAUUCAAGCCAUCAGAAAGGAAGUACCAGCAUCCAAACACACAAGUCCUCUGAUGGCCAGACCAGCGGGUCUGAGACCCACAGUCAAGGCAAAAGCCACACCAGCCAGUCCACACAGGCUGUGACAGGAGGACAAGCUCAGGCUCAGACAGGGUCCUACACCAAGACUGUAGAGCAGGGCACAAGCCAUCAGAAAGGAAGUACCAGCAUCCAGACACACAAGUCCUCUGAUGGCCAGACCAGUGGGUCUGAGACCCACAGUCAAGGCAAAAGCCAGACCAGCCAGUCCACACAGGCUGUGACAGGAGGACAAGCUCAGACACAAACAGGAUCCCAGACCCAGACUGUGGACCAAGGCAGACACCAAAGUGAAAGUCACACUGAAGCAGGCACACAGGGAGGACAGACCCAGACACAGUCUGGCAGUGGCCAAAAGUGGACACAUGUGAGCAACUAUGAGGCAGGAGGGUCGGUGCAAGGAGCACAGGCCCAGACUGGGGCAGGCACUGUGACUGGAAGACAGGAGUGGAGCAGCACUCACUCCAGGUACAGCAUGACCGGAGGGCAAGGUGAGAGAGAGUCCACAAGGAUCACCAGCGAAUGGGUUGAUGACAAUUCGAGCAAGCCAGUGAUUCAGUGGCAGGACCAGGACAGCAGCACUCCUUCGGCACAGGCCCAAGAAGCUGCCCAGUCAGAAAGGAAUCCAGGAGGACAGGGAGAGAGAGAGUCCACAAGGAUCACCAGCGAGUGGGUUGACGAUGACACGAGUAAGCCAGUGAUUGAGUGGCAUGACCAGGACAGCAAGGACACCAACACUCCUUCGGCACAGGCCCAGAAUACUGCCCAACCAGAAAAGAAACCAGGCUUCUCGGCCAAGGGGCUGUAUUCCUACUUCAAAGGCAGCAAGCCAUAA